AACACGAGAGGGCGCUGUUUUCUCCAAGGACUAGUGAAAAAAAUUGAUGAUGACGUAAAGUUUUCCAACAUGGCGGCGCCCGUAACACGGGUUUGUCCUCGGGUCUGGAAGCUCUGCUCCUCUUCGUUUUUUAGAAACACUCCGUUUCCAAACCGCGCUCAUUUUCAUCUUUCAGUAAUAUGCAACAACGGGCUUCUUGUAUCACUUAACAAACGCGGCGUGUUAAAGGAUUGUUUCCCUGAAGGUGCUGGUCAGGUUCAGCUUCCUCUGCUCCUUCAGUCGGGGUCUCAAACUGUGUACUGUGGCUUUGAUCCCACAGCAGACAGCCUCCAUGCGGGGAAUUUACUCGCAAUUAUUGGCCUCCUUCACUUCAGAAAUGCUGGACACAAUGUCAUCGCUCUUAUCGGUGGAGCUACUGCUCAAAUUGGGGACCCAAGCGGGAAAACGAGGGAGAGAGAGGCUCUACAUGCUGAUGUGGUCAAACAGAAUGAAAGUGGCAUUAGGGAGAGCUUGCACCGAAUUUUUGCCAACCACGAACUGUACUAUUGCAGCGACCCAAAGAAACUGGGCACAAUAUCAGUCUUGAACAAUGCCAAGUGGUACAAAGGGUGGAAUGUGGUGGCGUUUUUGUCAGACAUAGGCAGACACUUUCGAAUGGGCACCAUGCUAAGUAGGCACAGCGUGCAGUCUCGACUCAAGAGUGCGGAAGGGAUGAGUUUCACGGAGUUCUCCUAUCAGCUUUUCCAAGCCUACGACUUCUAUAAUCUGCACCAGCUAUAUAACUGUAAGAUUCAGCUCGGAGGAAGAGACCAGUUGGGCAACUUGAUGACUGGACAUGAGUUUAUCCAAAAAAAGACUAAUGAAGAGGUAUAUGGACUGACUACUCCCCUAAUAACCACAUCUAUGGGAGACAAGCUGGGGAAGAGCGCAGGCAAUGCAGUGUGGUUGAACAGGGAGCGAACAUCCCCCUUUGAACUGUACCAGUAUUUCCUCAGACAGCCAGAUAGCAGUAUGGAAAGUUAUCUUAGGCUGUUCACCUUCCUUCCUGUGCCCGAGGUGGAUAAGGUGAUGGAGGUGCAUUUGCAGGACCCUGGGAAGAGGACGGCCCAGAAACGUCUGGCUGCCGAGGUCACCAAGCUAGUCCAUGGCAAAGAUGGCCUGGAGAGUGCAAAAAGGUGCACCAAUACUCUGUACCACAGCGACCUGAAGGCACUGGAGGAGAUGAGCGACGUGGAGUUACAGGAGCUCUUUAGGGAGGCCCCGUUCUUGGAGCUGCUUCUGGAGCCAGGCACCACUGUGCUGGACGCCUGUCGCCACAUACAAGCCAUUCCAGACGGGCCCAGAGGGUAUCACAUGGUACGAGAUGGAGGUGUGUGGAUCAACCACCAACGGACCGACAAUCCAGAACAGGUGCUCAUCCCUGGCAACCACAUCCUAGCCAACGGAAUUACGCUCAUCCGCGUGGGCAAGAAAAACUUCUACAUCCUGAAGUGGCUAAACCUUUGAAACCAAACACAGUUACCAGCCUUACUUUGGAUGUGAAUGGCCUUUUCAUUGAAAGCCUGAGGUGAAACAAGCAACACACUAUGUGUGUACAGAAACAUGACAAAAGAGCACUUACUGCAGUGUACUUCGGUGAGAGCUGUUAUGCUGGUAGAAAGUAUGCUGCAUGUUUAUGAUAAGGAUUACAUUUUGCCUACAGUUGACAAUUGUGCUGUUUGGUUGUACUGUGAAUACAUGCCACAAAAGAAAUUUGGGCAGUGAUUGAACAGAAUAUUUCUGCAGUUUUACAUUCUACCAGCAGGAGGCAGUGAAAGCCUUCACAUGACACCUUGGCCUAUUUGUCAUGAGACUUUUGGAGGGAAAAAACCUUUUCAGUGUGACAGUCAUUUUAGGCAUAUGUCAUGUUAAUGUGUUUCAAUAAACCUAAAAAUGAAGACGUA